AUUCUGUAUUCUGUGUCUAUGGUCUAUGUCAAACUAGCUGCCGCCGCUCAAAUCAAAUCAAACUUUUUUUAAGCUGAGUCUGGAGUUCUUGUUCUCCAUUAUUUAACAAGAUUAUUUCAUUUGGAACAAAACAACAAAAUGGGUGAUGAUUUAAUACAUGACAGUGGAAAUACUCAGACACAAACUCAAAAUUCUCAAGUCGAAUGGAGUCAAACGAACACACCGUCUUUUAUACCAAAUAUUUGGGGAAGGCUUUAUUCAACCAAAGUUUCCUCAUCAGGAAAAUAUUGCUGGAAAUAUACUAAUACACAGAAGCCCGAAUACUAUGAUCUUAUUAAUCCUGAAUUUACUCUUGGAAGAACAUUAACAUGUACCUUCGUCGUAAAAAAAGAUAUUAUAAAAGAAAAUAUCAUUAAAAAUGUUAGCAAACAACAUUUUAUUAUCAAAAGAGACUUAUCAGAAACUCUGAGUCCUGCUAUCAUAACAGAUUUGUCACACAAUGGUACCUUUAUAAAUGGUGUCAAAAUUGGAAAGGGAAACAGCAGAGUACUAGACGACAAUGAUGAAAUAGCUAUUACACAUCAGCUUGUUAAAAUAUUUUUAUUUAAAGAUCUGCUAAAAAACGAACAAGAUAAAGUACCCAAAGAAAUAUCACAAAAAUAUUAUAUUUCCAGGAUUUUAGGACAAGGAGCUUGUGGCAUUGUAAAAUUAGUGUAUAAUAAAACAGCAUGCACUAAGCAUGCAAUGAAAGUUAUAAAAAAAAGUAGAUUGACAAAUGGACAGCUAAAUCAUUUAAAUAAUCCAGCAAAAAUUAUGAAUGAAAUUAACAUAAUGAAGGCUCUGAGACACCCAUGUAUAAUAUCUACAGAAGAGGUAUUCGAUUCUUGCGACGCAGUAUACAUUGUGCUGGAGUUAAUGCAAGGGGGAGAACUGUUCGACAGAAUUACAAAGCUUGGAAAGCUUCCCGAAAGGCUGACUAAAUUUCUCUUCAGACAAAUGGUUUUAGCUGUAAAGUAUCUUCACUCUCAAGGAAUCACACACAGAGACCUUAAACCUGAAAAUGUGCUAUUGGAGAGUAAGGAAGAAGAAACAAUAGUGAAAAUAACUGAUUUUGGACUCAGCAAGUUUGUUGGCGAAGACAGCUUCAUGAAAACUAUGUGUGGAACACCUCUGUAUUUAGCUCCAGAGGUACUUAGAGGCAAUGGAUUGAAUUGUUAUGGACCAGAAGUAGAUGUUUGGAGCUUGGGUGUCAUAUUAUUUGUGUGCCUUGUGGGCUACUUGCCCUUCUCAUCGGACUACAAGGAAAUCUCACUUAGAGACCAAAUACUUAGUGGAAAGUAUCGUUUCUCACACUCGCACUGGCAACACGUCAGUUUGCAGGCCAAGCUGUUGAUGAAGAAAAUGCUCACAGUGAGGGUUGAAAGAAGAAUCACCCUUGAACAAAUACUCAAUCAUGCCUGGAUGCAGGAUGUGGAUAUUAUAAUAAGAACCGAGAGGUUGUUAUCGCAAGAAGCAUUAAAAGAAAAAGUUUAUCUGACAGAAUCAUCAACCAACUCUGAUGAAGAAAAUAUAAAUAUAGACAAUGUCACUGUACUAAGACUAGUAGCAACUGGUAAAAGAGCACUGAGCGAUAGUUACAAUUCCUGCGAACCUAUCCCAAAAAAACUGAGAGUUGAUCAUCAUCCUCAAAUUGAUAAUGUCAACGACACAAGUUCAACUAACAGCUGUUGCUCACAUGAUUAAACAAUUAUAAUACCAUUACCAGAUGAUUAUUUCUAUUUCAGAAAAUUUUAUAUUACUUUGUGCUAAUUAAUGUGACCAUUUUUUUUAAAUAAUUAAUAUUUUAAUGGUUAAUUUUAAUGAGAGUAUGUCUUCAUUAUUUUGUGAUUGUUCUUAUACAAUUUGUGAUGAUACUACAAUGUAUGUUGUUGAUUUUUGUUGUUGACUUGACAAUUUAAUAUCUAAGAGUGUUAUUGAUCCCUUUUAUUCUUAAAUUUUAGUGUUUUAAAAUUCUAUGUUAAUGUUUAAUUAAAUUUAAAAACGACUUUGUGAUAACGUAAUGCUUAAUAUAGUUAAUGUUAUCAAUAUUAAUUAAGGUUAUGGUGUAUGACAAACUCUUACACCACUCCAACCCACCAAAUGUGCCAUGUUUUUUAUCAUGUUCGUUCUUAUGAUGUAUAAUGACAACAGGAUUAUUGUUGUACAAUAAAAAUAGUCAUGAAA